AUGCUGCGGCAGGUCCUCCACAGAGGGCUGAAGGCGUCAUUCUACUGGCUCGGCCUGUUCGUCAGCAGGCACCCCGUGUUCUUCCUCACCGUGCCCGCCGUGCUCACCAUCAUCUUCGGCUUCACGGUGCUCAGCCGCUUCGAGCCCGAGACCGACCUGGAGGCGCUCGUGGCGCCCACCCACAGCCUGGCCAAGAUCGAGCGCAGCCUGGCCAACAGCCUGUUCCCCAUCGACCAGUCCAAGCACAAGCUGUACUCGGACCUGCACACCCCGGGGCGCUACGGCCGGCUCAUCCUGCUGGCCCGGGCCGGGGGCAACGUGCUGGAGUUGGCCCGGGAGGUGCUGCUCGUGCACCAGCAGGUGCUGGAUCUGCAGGUCAACUAUAAGGGCUUCAACUACACCUUCGCCCACCUGUGCGUGCUCAGCCACCGGGACAAGAGCUGCCUACGGGACGACAUCGUCACGGUGCUGGAGGACAUCCGGUCUGCGGUGCUGGCCAACAGCUCGGUGCACAAGGUGCCGCUCGGAUACCCCAACACCACGCUCAAGACCGGCCGCGUGUCCUUCAUCGCCCACCAGCUGGGGGGCGUGUCCUUCUCGCCCAACAGCCGCGACCAGCAGGUGAAGUUUGCGCGCGCCGUCCAGAUCACCUACUACCUCCGCAACCAUGGCCCGCCCGUGCAGGACGCCAUCGCCGAGCGCUGGGAGAGCGAGUUCUGCGCCCUGGUGCGGCGCCUGGCCCGCCUGCGCCCCCCCCACGCCACCGACCAGCUGCAGGUGCAGUCGCUCACCUCAGGGAGCCUGUGGCGGGACUUCCACCGCACCGGCGUGCUGGCCAAGGGGGAGGUGCUGGUGAGCCUGGUGCUGGUGCUGCUGGCCGCCACCGUGUCCUCCUCCAUGCGCGACUGCCUGCGGGGGAAGCCCUUCCUGGGGCUGCUGGGCGUGCUGACCAUCUGCAUCGCCAGCGUCACCGCCGCCGGCAUCUUCGUCAUCUCCGACGGGAAGUUCAACGCCACGCUGCUGGGGGUCCCCUUCUUCGCCAUGGGUCACGGGACUAAAGGCGUGUUCGAGCUGCUGGCGGGCUGGCGGCGGACCCGGGAGAACCUGCCCUUCAAGGAGCGCGUGGCCGACGCCUUCGCCGACGUGAUGGUGUGCUACACCAUGACCAGCUCGCUCUACAUCAUCACCUUCGGCAUGGGCGCCAGCCCCUUCACCAACAUCGAGUCCGUGAAGGUCUUCUGCCAGAGCAUGUGCGUGGCCGUCCUGGUCAACUACUUCUACGUCUUCUCCUUCUACGGCUCCUGCCUGGUGUUCGCCGGCCAGCUGGAGCAGAACCGCUACCACAGCGUGUUCUGCUGCAAGAUCCCGUCGGUGGAGUACCUGGCCCGCCAGCCCACCUGGUUCAAGACCAUGAUGAGCGACGGCCACGACCUGUCCACGCACCACGACAGCGUUCCCUACCAGAACCACUUCAUCCAGCACUUCCUGCGGGAGCACUACACCGAGUGGAUCACCAACACCUACGUCAAGCCCUUCGUGGUCAUCCUGUACCUCAUCUACGCCUCCUUCUCCUUCAUGGGCUGUUUGCAGAUCAGCGACGGCUCCAACGUGGUCAACCUGCUGGCCAGCAACUCGCCCAGCGUCUCGUACGCGCUGACGCAGCAGAAGUACUUCAGCAACUACAGCCCCGUCAUCGGCUUCUACAUCUACGAGCCCAUCGAGUACUGGAACUCCACGGUGCAGGAGCACCUGAAGACGCUGAGCAACGGCUUCAACAAGAUCUCCUGGAUGGACAACUUCUACCACUACCUGCGCGUGGCCAACGUCAGCGCGUCCACCAAGAACGAGUUCAUCCACAUCCUCAAGGGCUCCUUCCUGCGCAGCCCGGAGUACCAGCACUUCACGGAGGACAUCAUCUUCUCCAAGAACCGCGAGAGCGACGAGUACGACAUCAUCGCCUCGCGCAUGUACCUGGUGGCGCGGACGGCGGAGAAGAAGCGCGAGGAGGUGGUGGAGUUGCUGGAGAAGCUGCGACCGCUGAUGCUCAUCAACAGCAUCAAGUUCAUCGCCUUCAACCCCACCUUCGUGUUCAUGGACCGCUACAGCUCCUCCGUCAUCUCGCCCAUCCUCACCUCAGGGUUCAGCGUGCUCACCAUCCUCAUCCUCACCUUCUUCCUGGUCAUCAACCCGCUGGGGAACCUGUGGCUGAUCCUCACCGUUACCUCGGUGGAGCUGGGCGUCCUGGGCCUGAUGACGCUGUGGAACGUGGGCAUGGACGGCAUCUCCAUCCUGUGCCUUAUUUAUACUCUCAACUUCGCCGUGGACCACUGUGCGCCGCACCUGUACACCUUCGUCCUGGCCACCGAGCACACGCGGACGCAGUGCAUCAAGCUGGCGCUGGAGGAGCACGGCGCGGCCAUCCUGCAGAACGCGUCCUGCUUCGUGAUCGGGAUGGUGCCGCUGGUGUUUGUGCCUUCCAACCUGACCUACACGCUGUUCAAGUGCUCCCUGCUGACGGCCGGCUGCACCGUGCUGCACUGCUUCGUCAUCCUGCCCGUCUUCCUCACCUUCUUCCCGCCGUCCAAGAAGAGGCACAAGAAGAAGAAGCGAGCCAAGCGGAAGGAGCGCGAGCGCGAGAGGGAGCGCGAGAGGGAGCGGGAGCGGGAGGAGAUCGAGUGCAUCGAAGUGCGGGAAAACCCUGAUCACGUGACCAACGUCUGAUCUUGUCAAGCGGGCGAGGGAUCCGUCAGUGAUCGGGAAGGCUGAGAGGCGUUGGCCCCUCCCAGGGCCCGGAAACGUCCCGUGACGUCACAGGGGCGGGCACCACUGUGGGCCCCC